AUGGAUGCCGAUGAACAGCAAUCAAAACCAACAAAUGAGAUUGUUAAACUUGUACUUAACUCAAAUUCAUCAUUAACUACUAAUUCUAAUCCUAUACAAGUUGAGAUUCGAAUGCCUGUACAUUUAAAAAGAGUUUAUAUGUAUGAAGCUGAAACUCAAACAGCGUUUGAUGAUGUUUCAGAUGUCAUAAGUAAAGAAGCAGGUGAUGAAGCUCGUUUAACGGGCUCAAAUAAAUAUGGUCUAUUAUCAUUAGAUGAAUAUCAAAUAAUUCGUACAGGUGAAGAACAUUGUUUAAAAAAAUAUUUCUCUGAUGAUGAUGAUGUCAGUCUAACGGAUGAAGAAAUAACUGUGGAAAAACAAAUGGAGCAAAUGAAUUUAGAUGUACAAGGACAUCGAACAACAGUUUUAAUUGAAAAUUUAAAUAAUAACGCAUCAACCAUAUUACAUACAUCACAUUCCAAUCUAUCGAAUACAUUGUUACUCGAUGAUACAACACAUUUAUCAGCAACAUUAGCACAAUCAACAUCAUCACGUAUAUCUCAUAGUCGAUACUUACAAACUUUCAAAGAAGAACAAGAACAAGAAGAUGAUGAUGAUGACAACGAUGAAGAACUUGAUCAAUUCAUUGCAUCAACAUUUACGCCAAUUAUUGAACAGGAACCAAUAAAAACAACAUUAUCGUCUAAUCAAAAAAAUUUAUCGUCGAUUCGUUGUUUUGUUCGGCAAGCUAUUGAUUCAUGUCGACAAAAUUUAACUUUGGUCGAUGAAUUAAUUGAACAUAUUCCAUCAACCUAUGAUCGUAUACAUCAACGAAAAGUACGUCGAUCCAACUGUAUUGUAAAUAUUCCAAAUACAAUUAAAGGACUGCAAUAUUACCCAUCAACAAGCGUUCAAACUGAAUAA